AUGUGCAUUACGAUUGAGGAAAAAGAUAUCUCGAUUCUUUUAGCAAAUAACGCAGGAAGGCCUUCAACUGCUCUUGUAAAACUAUUAAAAACAUUGAACAUAGAAAAUAACAAAUCAUUUAAAAACAUUCUCGACAUGAUGCAAAAAAAUUGGAUCAGGGGGCAAGAUAAAGAACGCUGGCAAAUAGAAGACAAGUAUCAAGAUAAAAAGGACGUGUUGAUUCCUUUAUUUGAGCAAUUACGACUGUUAAGUGAUAUAAAGAGCACACAAUUCCAUUACACAUAUGCCCUCAUAUUAGGAGGAUUGUUACCGGCGGUUCGUAAGCGCAUGGCUUUUUUAACAUAUGAAUGGAAGAGAGGUGUUCGAUUUGAUGAAAUAAUUCUUCUCGGAUCAUCCCGACCGUUAUUGCCCGAUAGAGAAUCGCCAGAAAUUCUAAAAGAUAAAAAUGAUUCGGAUCUUCCGGCUCGUCCAGAUUGGGAGUUUGAUGGAAAUUUACCGACAAAUGAGAUAGAGAUGAUGGAAUUCGUAUUUAAACAAGCACAAAUUCCUGAAGAUUUAAGAAAGACGAAGAUAGUUUCUAUUAAUUCUCCAAACAUACGAGAUAAGAACGGAAAUGAAAGACGCGCCGGGACUGCAGACACUUUUAACGCUUGGAUAAACGAAACUAAACCAGUUUCUGGGUCUUCUCUAAUAAUUUCUUCCCAACCUUUCGUUGGUUAUCAACAUGAAGUUGCUCUUCUACAUCUUCCGCCAACAUUCCAGUUAGAAACAGUUGGUCCAGGUUUUACGAAUUUUCAAAACAUAAAAGUGGGGGUGAUCCUUGAUAACAUAGCGCGUUGGGCUUAUAAUGUAAAUCAACGCCUAGAAAAAGCCAUUAAAAAUAAUGGGGCCAAAGAAGCAUAA